AUGCGUCAACGUCUGCUCAAACACUCUCGACGAUUCGCCCCCGUCAUGAUUACUUUCCAAACGGUUGGGCUGACGCUGUAUGUCUCGCUCACAGUGUGCUAUGUUCAUCUCUGUGCUCUCAACCAGUGGGCUACUAUUCUUCGUACUAAAACCCUUCUCACACAUCAGUUCUCCUUGAUUCUCGUGGUUUUCAUUAAGAUGACCAAUUUCGUCAUCGCGAUUCGAUCGAUACCAAAUAAACUGCACAUUCAGUGGGCAUCCGAUCACAGGUAG